ACGCGGAGUGAAAGCGACACCAGCAGGGCGAACUGUAAUCGCCCAUUGCAAUUGAGGGAUUGCGGUUGCGAUUGCGAUCGCGGUUAACCGAUUGAACAACAGUUGAGAAGGGAACCAGACAACAGAGUUUCCCAUCAUGCCGCAGGAUAUGCCGCCUGCUGGCGGCUAUGAGGCCGUUCAGUACAAGCGAAACCUCCCCUCGCGCGGCCUGUUCCGUCCGGGCCCGCUGCUCGCCGGUGGUGCCGUCUUGAUGCUCUUUGGCUGGUACAAGCUGGUUGUCGGCAUCCGCGAGCAAAAUGAACUGGCCCGCGAAAAGAUGUGGUCGCGCAUCCAUCUCAUCCCGCUCCUCCAGGCCGAAGAGGACCGCGACCAGGUGCGGAGGCACCUGGCUGACCAGGCGAGGGAAAAGGAGCUUUUGGGGGAGAAUGUGCGCGUCUAUCACUCCGACCGUUUUGUCCGGCCCACAUUCGGCGUGACGCCGGGGACAGUUACCAAGGAGUAAGCGAAGUGUUGGCUGGGGCAGGCGGGGGAGUAAGGGGCAAAGGAACCGGAGACUACAGUUCUAA